AUGUUCUCCAUCUUCCUCCUCCUCCUCCUCCUCCUCCUCUUCUUCUUCUUCUUCUCCCUUCUCCGCCUCCUCUUCUUCUUCUUCUUCCUCCUCCUCCUCUUCUUCUUCUUCCUCCUCCUCCUCUUCUUCUCUACGCUGUCUCUCUCUCGUACGUGGCUCUCCACAGAUUCCUAUUCCUUAACUCGCUCUAAUCUCUCUCUCUCUCUCUCUCUCUCUCUCUCUCUCUCCCUCUCUCUCUCUCUCUCUGUAAAUGUGUGCAUCUUUUUCAUUUUUCUGUUUUUCUUCUCUAAUGCUUUUCCCCCUUUAUUUGCCUUCUUUUCUAUGUUUCGUUUUCCCUUGGUAGUUUGUCAUGCUUAUUCGUUCCUUCUUUCUCUUUUCUUCUUCUUCUUCUUCUUCUUCUUUGUUAUGAAAUUUCUCUUUCACUCAUAUUCAUUAUGUCACAUCUUUCUUCGUUCUCUUAAAUUUUCUUCUUUGUUUCUUUUUUGUUUUGGGGUUUUUUUUGUUGAUUUUCGUUUGUUUUUUGUUGUUUGUUUAUUUUUGUUUCUUUAUUAUUUUUUGUUUUGUUUUAUUUCUUCCAUUUUUCAUUUUCUGUUUUAUUAUUUUUACUAUUUUCACCGAUUUCCCUUUCUUUCUUUUUCUUCUUCAUUUCUUUUUUUCUUUUUUUUCUUUUUUUUUUUUUUUUUUUUUUUUUUUGUGGCGUGGGAAUUUGUUUCGUUAUUUGUUUUAUUUUUUUCAUUCCAUUUGCCCAUUCUGUCUUCUUUCUUUUGCCGGCCUUCUUUUCUUCUUCAUUUCAUUUAUUUCGCUGUUCCUUUCCUUCUUUUUCUUCUUCUUUUACAUUUUACACUUUUCUUCGUUCAUUUUUCUUUGUCGCUUGUUAUUCCUUCUUUUGUCGAGAAAUUUGCUUCUUUCUCUUCAAUCCAUUCUUUUUAUUUUCACCUUCAUAUUUAUUUCUGUCCCUUCGAUUUUCCUUCAAAUAAUAUCAGUCUAUUCAUAUCUAUCUAUUUAUCUAUCUAUAUGUCUUUUCAUUUAUCUAUCUAUCUGUCUAUCUAUCUAAUUUCAUAUCUAUCUCAAUCUCUUCAUAUUUUUCUAAAAUCUGCCACCUUUUCGGUAAUUCCCAAACGCACUUUCCUGAUCAAGGGAUUUUCUCCCCCUUUCUAUCUAUCUAUCUAUCUAUCUAUCUAUCUCAGUCUGUUCAUGUCUGUCUAUUUCAGUCUGUUCAUAUCUAUCUAUCUAUCACACUCUGUUCAUACCUAUCAAUCUAGCUAUCCCACUCUGUUCAUAUCUAUCUAUCUAGCUAUCCCACUCUGUUCAUAUCUAUCUAUCUAUCUAUCUAUCUAUCUAUCCCACUCUGUUCUUACUAUCUAUCUAUCUAUCCCACUCUGUUCUUAUCUAUCUAUUCCACUCCGUUCUUAUCUAUCUAUCUAUCUAUCUAUCUAUUCCACUCUGUUCUUAUCUAUCUAUCUAUCUAUUCCACUCUGUUCUUAUCUAUCUAUCUAUCUAUCUAUCUAUCUAUCUAUCUAUCUAUCUAUCCCACUCUUUUCUUAUCUAUCUAUCUAUUCCACUCUGUUCUUACCUGUCUAUCUAUCUAUCUAUCUAUCUGUUCCACUCUGUUCAUAUCUAUCUAUCUAUCUAUCUAUCUAUCUAUCUAUUCCACUCUGUUCAUAUCUCUCUAUCUAUCUAUCUAUUCCACUCUGUUCUUACCUACCUAUCUAUCCAUCUAUCUAUCUAUUCCACUCUGUUCCUAUCUAUCUAUCUAUCUAUCUGUUCCACUCUGUUCAUAUCUAUCUAUGUAUCUAUCUAUUCCACUCUGUUCAUAUCUAUCUAUGUAUCUAUCUAUUCCACUUUGUUCAUAUCUAUCUAUCUAUCUAUAUGUCCAUCUACCACGCAAUAUAUCUCUCUAUCUCACAUUGUUCAUAUACAUCCCACCUUUUUUUCUCUCGUGCGCAAUCUCUCUCUCUCCUCUCUCUCUCCUCUCGCUCUCUUUCUCUCUCUCUCUCUCUGAAUCACACACGCAUAUAUAUAGCAUCAAUCGAAAAUGUCCCGAUGAGAAAUUACAAUCACUACCUUUUCUUUUUCCUUGUCCUCUCUUCCUUUCUUACACUAUUUCUCUUUCGCAAUCUUAUUCACACUUUUCCUUUCUCUAUUUUUCCCCAUUCACUCGCUCUCUUUCCCUUCUCUUUAUUUUUCUUAUUCGCCAUUUCUUUCUUUUUUUUCUGUCAGAAAAAGUAUUUAAAAUAUUAA